AUGCCUGGAUUCAGACAUUCACUUGAUGUUGACAGCGAUAAUAGAGUGAAAAGUAUAUUUUGGACAGAACAAAUAGGGAGGGCAAACUACUCGAAGUUUGAACAUUUUGUAUCAUUUGAUACAACAUUUUCAACCAACCAGUAUGGAAUGCCAUUUGCUCCAAUAUUAGGGGUUGAUAACUAUGGCAAAACAGUCGUGUUCGGAGUAGGACUGCUGGACGAUGAGAGAGCAGACACUUUCAAGUGGCUGUUUGAGGAAUUCCUGUCUGCCAUGGACAACAAGCACCCAGCAACUAUAAUAACAGACCAAGACGUUGCAAUGAGGAUUGCAAUAUCUAAAGCAUUACCUUACACAGUGCACCGUUUCUGCAACUUUCACAUCAGCAAGAACCUGGAUGACAAGUUGUCCCUAUUCUUCGCAGUAAGAGGGACUCUAAAGGAAGAACUAAGAGCAGUUAUAAGGAACUCAUUUACUCCAGAGAAAUUCGAAAAUAGAUGGCAUGAUCUACUAGAGCGUCAUAAUGCUUUGGGAGAGCCACACCUGGACAGGAUAUAUGACAUCAGAGCUCAGUGGGUCCCAGCAUAUUUCAAAGAGAGAUUCUUCCCAUUCACUUCAUCGACGGGGAGAAGUGAGAGCACAAACUCCUUAUUCAAACACUACAUAAAAAGGAAGGACUCGAUUGCAACAUUCUUCAAGGAGUAUAUCAUAAUACAAGAAAAGAAACAGUCCGACCUAGAUCGCCUAAGAGAGAAAAGUGAGUUCAAGGAGUCUGUGAAUUGGGGAUUCAACCCUCUUGAAAGGGAAGCUAUGAAGAUCUACACAGACCCAAUAUACGGCAAGUUUGCUGAAGAGCUAAGGAAGGGUACUGCUUACAAUGUUGAAGUUGUGGAAGAGAAGAGGAUAUACAGAGUGAUUAGGGUGACUAACUACAGGAAUGCAGAGUUCCCCAGAUCAACAUAUAUGGUUAGUGUUUCCCCUGAUGAGGAUGUGUACAAAUGCUCGUGCUCAAAGAUGGCUCGUGAUGGAAUACAAUGCUGCCAUGUAUUGAGGGUGGCUACUCAUAUUGGUUUGACUGAGCUUCCUGUCAGUUUCAUCAACCCUAGAUGGACUACUGCAGCUGGGAUAGAAGUAGCACAAUUAACAGAGAGAAGAGGCAAUACAGCAUCACAGAAUACACACUUGGCUGUUAGACACACAAUUGAAAUGAGCAAAAUAUCACACAUACUAUCUAUUGUCUGCACGGAUGAUAGGUCAUACGACUUGUUUGCUGAAGGAGUUGCUGAGCUGAAGAAAGCUAUAUGCAAAGAUGCAUUUGAACGCCUCCAGACAAAAGAAAAAGUGACACGUAAAAGAAAAAAGGUUGAUGACCCAGUUCAACAAGAUACUGACAAUAUGCGUCAUGAAGACAGAGAAGACAACAAUCAUGGACACAACAAUGAAUAG